AUGGAACAGACUGACCUCCAGGUCAGUCAUCCAUCAGAAACAACCUCCCACCCCCAACCCCAAUCUCCCAACCCAACCGAACAAUGGCAUCCCCCAGCUGAACACGCGCCGAAGCUCGCAUCUGCACCCCUCUCUAAACAGGCAACCCACCUUUACACCGUCUCCUACCUAAUCUUCUUCUCAUUACUGGGCACACUAGCUCGCCUCGGACUCCAAGCCCUAACAUUUUACACGGGCGCGCCCGUCGUCACCGGCGUGCUAUGGGCGAACGUGGGCGGCAGUCUGGUAAUGGGAUUCCUGGCUGAAGACAAGAAUUUGUUUUGGGAGGAAUGGGGCCAGAAGUCAGUGCAUCAAGACAAAGAUGCGCUUCCAGACGCAGGAGCUCUUGAAGCCCACGCGAAGAAACACAAGGCUGUGAAGAAGUCUAUCCCGCUGUAUAUAGGUCUGACGACGGGAUUUUGUGGGUGCUUCACCUCUUUCUCGUCGUUUCUUCGGGAUGUUUUUCUUGCGCUUGCCAACGCCCUCCCUGACCCGUCGCUGCCUGCUGGAUCGGCUAUCGCGUCGCGAAAUGGCGGGUAUAGUUUCAUGGCGCUCGUUGCAGUUAUACUGUUGACAGUAUCGCUGAGUUUAUCAGCGCUGAUCUUCGGCGCGCACGUUGCUCUCGCAUUGACGCGCUUUACGCCUACUGUUCCAUUCAACCUCACGCGAUAUGUCCUGGACCGUGUGGUUGUCGUUCUGGCAUGGGGCUGCUGGCUCGGCGCAGUGUUUCUAGCGAUCUGGCCACCAGACCGACACGAUGGCCCGGACGUCUGGCGUGGCCGGGCUGUAUUUGCACUCGUCUUUGCGCCAAUUGGGUGUCUGUUUCGAUUCUAUGUCUCGCUGUACCUAAACAGCCGUAUUCCUACGUUCCCGCUUGGCACGUUUACUGUUAAUAUUUUUGGAACUGUCGUUGAGGGCGUUUGUUAUGAUCUUCAGCAUGUCAGUGGUCUUGGGGCUGUGGUUCCUGCUGCUUUGACUGGAUGCCAGGUGCUGCAGGGUGUUAUGGAUGGGUUUUGUGGAAGUGCAACGACUAUCAGCACUUGGGUUAUUGAGUUGAAUGGGUUGUCCCGUCGUCGCCAUGCUUAUGUUUAUGGGAUUACUAGUGUGGUUGUUGCUCUUGGGUUCUUGGUCGUUAUUAUGGGUUCGUUGCUGUGGACGCGUGGGUUCGAUGAUCCUGUCUGUGGAUGA